AGCACCUUCCAAGGAUUCGUAUCAUAUCACAUGAACAUUCGACAUGAUGGAGAUUCUCAACCUAAUAACAGUGGCUCUGCUAUUGCUAACGUUAGUGACAAAGACGGAGAGCCAACUAAAACCCCCACUCAUUCCUGUGGCAAAGGCUCCACGCCCACUCUGUGGAUCACAAUUUGCACUGGUGAACUAUGCAUGUUCCAGGUUGCCGUUCCGCCAUGGAGCGCCACCAGCUGAUUCUCCUCCAUCCCCAGACGGCGAAGAUGGUGACGGAGAGAGGCACCAUAGUCACAGUCACAGACAUAACCACAGACAUGGACACGGUCACCGACACCACCAGACCCCUGAAGAAGAUAACUGUUGCCGGUGGGCGAAGGAAGUGGACAGCCAAUGUGUGUGUGAACUUCUGCUUCGCUUGCCACCCUUCCUUGUCCGACCUGUGCACCAGUACACACUCAACGUUGGAGACGCCUGUAACAUCACCUACUCUUGUGGUUCACCAAUCUGAGUCAUUGUCUCACUCAAAUCUUGUCUUGUCUUGUGUUUUCUCGACUUUUUAAGGAUUGAUACUAUAUUUAUGCUUUCUUUGUUUCCGGUUUUAGUUUGUGUGUUCUGGAAAACAUUGUUUUUUUAAUAAGAUUUAAUAUUAUUAUUGGGAGCUUC